AUGAAUGCAAUCCUCACCAAAGUGUUGGAAGACAUCAAAACCAAUCUCAUGAUUCCCAAGACUCUCCAAACACUUGCCGAAGCGAAAGGGAAUCCCGCCGCGCCCGGGGCACUUGACAACUUCGUUGUCGGCCUGUCGGUUUCUGCCCUCAUGAUUGGCCUUCAGGAGCUCCUGAAGGCCGACGUCGCCGAAGCCUACGGUCUCACCGACGCCAUGUCCGCCUACUGUGAGAUUGUGGCCCCCCCGGGUGCCGAAGAGGUGGACAUUGUUACGAAUGUAAUCAAGGGAACCACAAUGGUUGGCGAUGGUCAAAAUUCAACGCCGGAAUAUCUCCCGAGAAUGCCAGUCUCGGGCGGAGAGCACAUAGGUAAUGUUCGGGCCGAUGCGCGCAUCCCCGGUGAUACUAAAUCCGUGGCAUGGGAAGGCGCGGUAAAUCAAACCGUGAACGACCUACCCGCUGGAAUUACUACCCCGGAAGCAAUGCUGGAGGAAUUGAGAGCAAACCAGGCUUGUAUGGACGACAUCAUCAAAGACCAGCUCCAAGCAUCCAAGGAUCAGCUUCGGCGUGUCUCGCAGCAUCUCGAGUUGGAGAAAUUGCGGGACAAAGUCACUGUUCGCGCCGAGCAAAUUAAUCGCGUACACCUGCCCAGAUUUCCGCUCCCGGCGAAACUCUGCCCGGAUGAAAUGCCGGCCAGUAUGCCAAACAACAUGAUGAAAUGGUUGCAGCAAUUGGGGAAGGCGAUGAAAACCAUGGACAUUUACAUACAGGCAGAGCUGAACUUUUGGCAUGCUGCCGCCCGGGCCAAUGCGGCCGAGCUGGAAGCCUGGCAGCGCGGGGAGACUCCAACGGCCCCGGCAGCAGUGUCGUACUUCCGGGUGAUUGAUUCCGCAUUCAAGUAA